CAUGACUCCGGAGGAAUUUCCCCCGCUGCUCCCGUCCUUUGUUGAACUGCCCCUCUUUUAGUGGGAGACGGAGGGUGAGAGCCAGAGGAGAGGGGGAGACAGAGAGAAGAGAGAGGGAGACGUAGAGAUGUCGGAGCCAGCCACUAAUCCCGCCGCCACCUCGUUCCCUGCGCCAACUAUUUCUCUCCCUUUGGGACUGGAGGUGCUGCGGACUUACUCUGGAGCGCUCGUCUGUUUGGAAAUAUUAUUUGGCGGUCUAGUAUGGAUCCUGGUGGCCUCCUCCAGUGUGCCCGUGCCUCUGCUGCAGGGUUGGGUGAUGUUUGUCUCCGUCACGGCCUUCUUCCUCUCCUCCGCCUACCUCACACUCUUCAUCACUGGCCUGGCUGACCGCAUCAACACUGACUGGAAUUUCUUGGAUGUGUUUUACCAUUUCAUGGCUUUGCUUUUCUACUUCGCUGCCUUCGUGUUGGAGGCAGCGACUACAGCAGCUAAUGGAGGAGCCUACAUCAAGCCGCUCUCUAACAGCACUGACACGGUCAUGUGUAUAACCUACCCUCAGGGCAAUAUAUUCACGGUCCUGACCGACAGGCAAUACAGUAUUAAUGUGGCAGCCACGAUAUUUGCAUUCGUGGUGACACUAUGCUACGGCUGCAGUAUGGUGAUGGGCUUCAAGAGGUGGAGGAUGUAAGCAGGAAAACCAGCACAAACUAGUUUUAUAACUGCUUCGUAACUUAAGCGUGUAUUUAAAAAAAAAUCAGCCACACCAUCCAGACGUCCAUAGAGAGCACUGCUGUUGAGCUGAGUUCGGUGAAAACUGAAGGUAUCCCCGCAUGAAUUCUUCCUCUGAGGUAUUUAAAGGUCUGGUUUCAGGUCGGCGUGGUCUGGGCUGUGCUACUGGGCGACUGGAGUGUUUUGAGGACAGGGUUAAAGAAUAGCAGUUUAAAUUGUUGUCCAGUCAGCGCCAUUUGAAUCUGAGUCCUUUGCUGCUCACCAAUGAUUUCACUGUCUUGCAGCUUUCCUGAAGCUCUCCAGCAAAAACUCUGUGGGAAGUAAGGGAAAGUUGAGGGGGACCUUGCACAUGAUGAUUUGAAUGCUUUGAGGCUGUGCAGGGUCAUUUUGCAAGAUGCCAGUGAAGUUUGUGACAGUUACGGUUUUGUUUUGGGUUUUGUUAAUCAUACAAAUAUUACCCCAUUUCCUGAGUCACAUCCUCAUUGAAGGGCAUAUUUCCCAUUUCCCAUACUGCAAAAGCAUGCCUCUAUGUUGGUAAUAAGUAUUACAUAACACAACAUUAAUGUGAUGGAGCAAUUUGUUUGAAAGGCUCCACUGUCCUCCAGUUACCUUGGUGCUAAGGAGCAGUAACUUACUCUAGAUUUAACACGACUGUUAUUACAUUUCCAUGUGGGCCACUAUUUAAAACGUGAGUUUGGAUCUGAUAUUUGAAUUAAAGUUUUUGAUUUCUUGUCGUGAGCACUUUUGGUUAAUUGUUCUCGGUGUAUCUGGUGUAACUGUUUUUCACAACAUUGUAGUUACUGUACAUUCUCAUAAUAAUAUUUAACUGUUAAAACGUCUGCUGUCCUAUGUGACUAACUCCAAUGACUUCAAUGAUGAAUAUCAUUUGACCAAAGGGGCUAAAUAAAUCUGUCAUCUGGUGAGUUCUAGUAAAAACUAGUCAUUUAAUCUAACCAUCAAUAAAUGCUUUUGUCAGCUACUAGAUUUUAGACUGAUCUUUAUGUUCUGAUGGAUCGUUUAAGUACGUAUGUUUGUAGUGUUUGACCCCUAAUAUUAACAGAGUUGAUGCAUCAUAAAAUUGCCCGAAUCAAUAACUAUCUUACUUGCUACAUGAUUGAUUGGUUGUAUUUACUGUACACUUUUGUUGGCAUUAGGCUACUAAAUGCUAUUAAUUUCAUGUUUCCAAAUGAAGAAUAUUUGUUCUUGACACCUGCUGUUUGACAUUUUAAAUGCAUUUUAGAACUGCAGAAAUAAAGGUUUU